AGGCGCAGGCGAUUGGAGGAAGAGCGAAGGGAGCCGGGGAAAGGCGGGUAGCAACCGAGCAGCGCGGAGGGCUAAGGGAACGAGAGUUCGGCGGCGGCCGAGAAAGGCAGCUCGUCCGGGAGCUGUUCCGAGCCUCCUCUUUGCCUUGUCCUGCCCGCGAGGCUUCGCGCCUGUGAACACAUAACUGGGUCGGGCGCCCUCCGGUUCCCAGCCGUAGUCUCCCCCCACCACACGCGCCUCCCUCGGGCGUGCGACUAAGUUGGUGGCGGGGAGGCGAGGAGAUGUACCCGCCGGGCUCCACCUGGAAUAUCUCCUUCGCCGGCUGCGGAUUCCUCGGGAUCUACCACGUCGGUGUGGCCAGCUGCCUUCGAGAGCAUGCCCCUUUCUUGGUGGCGAAUGCCAAAAACAUUUAUGGCGCUUCGGCCGGAGCCCUGACGGCUACAGCCCUGGUUACAGAUGCCUGCCUAGGUGAUGUUGGAGCAAAUAUCAUCCAUGUUUCCAAAGAGGCCCGGAAGAGGUUUCUUGGCCCUUUACACCCGUCCUUCAACCUGGUGAAAAUCAUCCGUGCCUGCUUAUAUAAAACUUUACCAAGCAAUGCACAUGAGUUGGCCAAUGGAUGUUUGGGCAUUUCAUUAACCCGAGUUUCGGAUGGAGAAAAUGUCAUAUUAUCUGAGUUUAACUCCAAAGAAGAGCUUGUCCAGGCAUGUGUCUGCAGCACUUUCAUUCCAGUAUACUGUGGCCUGAUCCCUCCAAGUCUUCAAGGAGUGAGAUAUGUUGAUGGAGGGAUUUCUGACAACCUGCCUCAAUAUGAGUUGAAGAAUACCAUCACUGUUUCCCCUUUCUCUGGGGAGAGUGAUAUUUGUCCACGGGAUAGUUCCACCAACAUUCAUGAACUCAGAAUCACCAAUACCAGCAUUCAGUUCAAUCUGCGCAACUUGUACCGCCUUUCAAAAGCCCUGUUUCCUCCAGAGCCCCAGAUUCUCCAGGAAAUGUGCAAGCAGGGCUACAAGGACGCCCUUCACUUUUUGAAGAAGAAUGCUCUCCUCCAAAGACCUCCUCUCCCUCUGCUAGCCAUUAGCUGUCAUUAUGAAGAAGGGGACUCUGAGAAAGAAAAGGAUGAGGAUGAUCAGCUGGAAGAAAAUGUUGAACUGGCAGAGGCUGAAGAACACAUCCUGGAACACUUGCCUCCUAAACUGAACCAAGCACUUUUGGAAGCCUGUACUGAGAGGAAGGGAUUGUUCACUUGCAUUGCCAAUUUUCUACCUGUGCGUCUGGCCUCUACUUUGAUGCUACCAUAUACUCUUCCUCUAGAGUCUGCUCUCUCCUUUACAGUCAGGCUGCUUGAAUGGCUGCCAGAUGUUCCAGAGGACAUCAGGUGGAUGAAAGAACAGACACGGAAAGUCUGUCAUUAUUUCAUGAGAAAAGCCAAGAAAAAGCUAGGAAGCCACCUUUCAGCCAGGCUGUACUACCAUCUCGAACUCCGAAAAACACAGAGUUUGACCGUCCCUUUGGGCACUGCUUGUGGGGAAGCAUUGCCAAAAUGGCUAAGGAACAGUCUCUCGCUAACAGAUGUUAUGACAAAAUGGGAAGAAUACCAGCGCCAGCUGAUGCUAGGGCUAUUCUGCAUCAAUGUGGACCUGCAGGCCUCCAUCUUCCCAUCAGACGGGCUGCAGAUGAGGCAUCCACCAGCAAACUACACAGAAGAGAGCCUUCAGCUCUUUUAAUGCAAUCAUCAGAAUCUGGUUGUGGGGAAGGGGGAAAGAAGGGGGGCAAUGACUGCAUUUAGCAGUUUUCUAAUGGAACUCUUUCACAAUCACAGAGGAAUUUCUCCUCCCCUCACAAUUCAGACAGGGUAUUGAUAACAAAAUAGGCAAUUGUGCCAUAACUAAGCAGGUGACUGGCACAAUGUAAAUACCCACCAAAAUGUGUUGGGUGUUGCAUAUUUUCUGGGAGACAGUGAUAUAAAUAAUUUGACAACUGCAACAGAAAUAGUUGAUGCUUGGGCUGAAGUGAAAAUUUUUUUAUUCAGGGCACCUCUUCGACUGUUUAUAAUAAGAAGACUGGGACAUCAUCAGGAUUCUAGGUUUUGUUUUUAAUCCCCCUUUGUUUUAAAUCAAUAUUAUAACAUGAUUUUGUUGUUAAAGACUUGAGUCCUCUGGGAUCAUCCUUCUUUGUGAUAUGAUGCAGUAAAAGAAAAGCCAGCAAGAGCUAUCAAAUCAGCUCUUAAACCAAAUGAAGUCCUCAAUUUUCACUCUGUGUUAUGAUGCAGUAAAAGAAAAACCAGCAAGAGCUACCAAAUCAGCUCUUAAACCAAAUGCAGUCCUAAAUGUUCACUCUUAAGUAGAGACACCUUAUGCUUCCUGUACUAUAUUUUCUUGUAAAUUUGAGUGGAUGCCUCUAUGUCAUAUGUAAAGAAUGAAGCUAACCUUUAGACUACUGGGAUUCAUGGCCUACCAGUGGUGGCGAACCUAUGGCAAGCGUGCUAGAGGCAGCACUCAGAGCCCUCUCUGUGGGCAUGUGCCCCGUCGCCCCAGCCCCGCCUCCCCCCAUAGCUCCCCCCUUACCAGUAGCUCCCCUGGAAGAGGGUCACCAAGGAUAUGGCAGCCAGGCAGAAGGGACAAGACUCCGCCCUCGUACCCCAUUGCGUGCAGAUGCUGCGGGGUGUGGGCGGAGGGUGUGGUUGCCAUGGUGCUUCAGGACUGCCUGGGCGAUCUGCUGUGGCGGGCCGUGGAGGUGGUAGGUGGCCAUGCGGCCGGGCGGGGGCAGGGGUUUUUUGGGACACUCGGUGUCUAAAAGGUUUGCCAUCACUGGCCUACCAGCUUCUAGGUCAGUGUUUCUCAACCUUGACAAUUUUAAGGCAUGUGGACUUCAACUCCCAGAAUUCCACAGCCAGCGUUGCUGGCUGUGGAAUUCUGGGAGUUGAAGUCCACAUGCCUUAAAAUUGUCAAGGUUGAGAAACACUGUUCUAGGUCCUUCUAUUGUAGAGAAAUGAGGGGGAAAAAUAGAGGUUUUGAAAUGUGUACUUAAGUCCCAUCUCAUUUGGAUGAACUAUUUUUUAAAUUAUCUUAAAUCUUAAUUUGUACAAUUGCAGAAGGAUGUCAAGAAGGCUAGACGGGAGCAACAGCUAAGUCAGUGUAAUGUAUGUUUUGAAACGGUUUGUGACUGGAUCAGUUGGCCAUUUGAGAAAGAAGAAAAGAGCUUCUGAUUCUAGUUGCGAAGGAAUAUGAAGUUCUUAAAAUCCAGAAGCCAAAAAGUGCUCUGAUCUAAAUGGAUUUAAGUUGGCCUGUGUGGGAUCCACAUCACUUGUGUCAGUGGUGAAUGUGGCCCCUUUGGGAAGUUGACUGCUCAGCAGAAUUGCGGAAAUUGUCUUAUACUGAGGUGGAAAUAAGCAGGGUCUGAAGUCGAAGGCCCCAAAGGAGGUGAUAGUUCUGCAGGUAUCGAAAGUUAUGGUAUUGCAUAAAGAGGAGGAACAGGGUUAGCUUGUAAGUCAGCUGAACAAAAUGGGUCCCCCCACCCCUUCCUAGCACUUUUUCCCCUCUAGUGCAGGGUCCACUUUUUCUCAGAUUAUAGGAAUUGAUUGACUGGUUUGUCACCUGAGCCUGAUGUUAUGUGCAGAAAGUGACUGUCUGAAAGUCAUCCAGCUGGCUUUCAUGCCUAAAGUGGGAUUAGAAUUCACAAUCUCCUGGUUUCUAGCCUGGUGCUUUAACCAGCAGACCAACCAAACAGGCUCUCAGCUGAACGAAUUUGAACGCAUAUCCUUAUUUCAAUCUUUUCAUGCUAAACCAGUGGAGCUGGUUCCUUCAAUUACUGUGAAAAAAAAAACCUCAUGUUGGUAGGUUAACAUAGAAGUAUUUUCCCCUUCACACAUAGCUCAAGAAGGAUAUCUGGUAUACAUAAUCCAUUUCUUUCAUAAGCCUUCUUUACAGCAGUUACCUAUUGCCAUAUAUGCACAAAAUGAAGCACUCUGGUUAAUGCACAAGCCUUUUCUCGCCACCCCUUACCAGCUGUCUUGUGUCUAUCGUUAAUUAUCACCAGCACAGUACUUGAUCUCAUCUUUCACUGCUGCUGUUUUCUUCCUGCUGCUGUAUACAUAGCAUGGCAAAUAUUCAUUAUCGUAUAGUGAUAUUAGCACAUUUCUAGUCACUGCGUUUGAGACUAUACAUAGAGUGCUUGUUACAGUUUUGUACCUUUACAGAAUGAAGUAUUCGAUGCUGCAGGAAAAAAAGUUUGGGUACGUUUGUUUUGGAGGAAAAAAAGAUUGGUUUUCUUUGCACUUUAAUGACAUUUCUGUUUUUCUCCUAAUACAGAACUAUCUGUUAAAUUCCAAAGGUAACACAAUGGAUAGAAGGAAAGGGAGAGAUAAAGAUUGCUUAGAAAUAAGUUAAUAGUAAUAGAAUUUUAAAUACUACCAGAGAACAAAAGAGAUAAAUCUGAGUAGAAAUGCUUUAUUAUAUAGUGUAUUUGUGCUCUUAGUAGACUGCAACAGAUUACUAACUUUAAGUAUUAUGAGCAAUAAGUGACUCUAUAUUAGCAAAGCCCAUGAGAUACACGUGCUUUUUUUUCUGGAAAAAGUAUUGUUAAAAGUGGCUGAAACCAGGAUAAUUGCAUUGCUCCAGGAAAAGAACCUGGGAGCAAAAUACAUUCAAUGGCAUUUCUAGCAAUGCCUUCACUUGUAAAAUAUGCACAAAUAUUAAAAAUCAGUUGGGAAUGAAGUGAUUUUAUAAAAAUAGGCUCAGUGUCAGAAAAAAAAAAUCCUUUGCUGUCUACUCAUUUGGCACAAGGGCCUGCUUUUAAUCUCUGCACCAGUAUUUCCUU